AGAUCGAAAGAUGCGGAAUCAUAUCUCAACUCGAUCAAAGACGCCAAAUCCUCUAUUUUCUGCGUUCGAUCGGGAUCGAGAUUGUUGAGGAUAGUACUAAACUUUAGGUUUCUACGAGGAUUGGAAGAUGCAGAGUACAUUGACGCCCCUCCAAAUCUAGAAGCUGUAAAUAACAGAAGAGAAGCUUAGAAGAAAGGAGAGCAUUUGGACCUGUCUACAAAGCUCAAAUGUCUACCAGUGAGACGGUAGCUGUGAAAGUUCUUGCCACUUAUUCUACAGGCGAACAAAAGUUUCACACAGAGGAUAUGUUUUGUGGAAGUAAAGAAAGCUUAGCUUCUCAUUUAUACAGCGAAAAACAUGAACCACUGAACUGGGAUUUGAGAGUAUAUAUUGCAUUACGCGGUCUAGAGUAUCUUCGUGAUGGGAAUGUUCCUCCUGUAAUCAACAGAGAUCAAAUCUUCCCAACAUUUUGUUGGAUCAAUCCAUGAGAGCUCGGGUUGUUGUCUUUGGACUAUUUAGAGGAACAUGCUGCUAACAUCAGAGGAGCAUUUGGUUAUCUCGAUCCCGAAUACGUUUCCACAAGAACAUAUACCAAGCAAAGAGAUGUUUAUGACUCCUGGGUUUUACUCUUUGAGCUUAUAGCUGGAAGAAAUCCUCAACAAGGUCUAAUGGAAUUUGUUGAGCUGGUAGAUGUCAUGUGUGUAUGAUUUAUGUUUUGUAAGACAGAAUUACAAAGUUACAUUUUGUGUAUAAAGAUAUGAAUUUGAU